AUGCAGAGUUUUCUGUCGAGGCGAUUUCAAAUUAAUGCUGGUCCAACAUCAGUGGCGGAUCCGGACCUUGAGAUAAGGGAGGGAGGGAGCCUGGUCAUUCAGACCCUUGGACAAGGGGGGGAUGGUCUCCCCCCCCAAAAAAAUUUUUUCGUCCCUUCGGGCCUUAGUUUGGUCUAAAAUUAAGAGGGGGACCGGCCCCCCCGGGCCCCUCCCUGGAUCCACCACUGAACAUUAUCAAAUAAUGAUGCUUGAGCCCCUUAUUAGGCGUUGUUGGAUGUCGCUGGACAAAGUGGGAUGAGCUGUAAAUGUGAUAAAACGUUUGUGCUCGAUUUUUCUGUUGUACAGAGUUAAUAUUGGAAAAAUGUGUUUCAGUCAGGCCUGUUUCAAACGUCGUGCUACUGCCGUGCUAAGUUGGCUCGACUGUAGCUCGACUCCAGCACCCGGACACAACCACGACUUGGUUUCAGACGUCAAAAUUAAUUCUUUCGAAUAGAACGGCUAUUUGCGAAAACAAAACACAAAAAUAAAGGAACAGUUUAGCAAACUUUUAAAUGUGUUGUCAGGUAAUAUAUUUAUAAUUUAUGAAUUGAGUUCGGCACGGCAGUAGCGCGACGUUUGAAACCAAGUACACGGCAGUAGCCCGACUUGGUUUCAAGCGUCGCGCUCCUGCCAUGCUUAAGUCAAUAAUACGAUCAACUUAGUUCGCAACGGUGAGUAGCGCGACGUUUGAAACGGGACUCAGUGUCACAGGCGCCUCCUAAGAAGAAUUCCCAGUAGUCACAACAAGAGUCGAACCUUUGCCCUCUGGUUAUGUUUACUAGUCCAGAUGCUCUACCACUGAGCCGCAGGGGACUCGUAAGAGCUAAAGCCUGGUUUUCACUAGCGCAUAAGUAUAAGCAUAAGCACAUGUGUAAGCAAGUGAAAACUGGUCGACAUAAGCAUAAUCACAUAUGUGUAAGCAAGUGAAAACUGAGUCGUCAUAAGCAGGGCAUAAGCACAAGAAAAACGGACAAGGUCGUUCUUUGUGCUUGUGCUUAUGGUUAUGUCGUAGCUUUGACAAGUGAAAACUGGGUUGACAUUAGCACAAGCAUUAGCACAAGGCCGUGGACCAAUCACUUUGACCCAGACCUCGUGCGAACAUAUGAAAAGCAAUAUGGUGGACACUCCGUUCGCCAUCUUGUUUAUCAUUGGGUUGAGUGGAGCUGGUAUGGAGAAUUGAGUCAAAUAUGCCAUUCUGCGCGUGCUUAUGCUUAUGGUUAUACGCUAGUGAAAACCUGGCUUAAGGUCACUAAAGCCUAAGCCAAAAGUUGAACUUUUCAUGAGACCAACCAAACCCUGAUAUGGGUCGACCUAAAUGAACUUAAGAUCGUCUGUAGGGUCAGACGUCGAACUUAGGACGCGUCGAACCAAUCAACUGAAUCAGACCAAAAAGCGGUUGGUAAAUUUUCUCCCCAACGAGGCUAAGUAUACAUUAUCAUAAGUAUAUCAUUAUCGUACUAAGUAUACAUUAUCAUGCAAUUUUAAUUUAUUAGUUUAGUUUGUCGCAUAUGAAGAUGGACGUUUGACGCGGAGACGAUCUUCAGACGUUCUAUCCGUCAAACUCAUUCAGACGAACUUAACUGAGCCAGACGUCGAACUUUUACUAAGCUUGUGUAAGGAAGAUUGAAAAUCCUACGCAGCGUAGUUACUUAAUGUUAAUUUGAAAAUUGUAAAAUCGACGCUGUUAUUUUAAGAGUCUUUUUUUCACUAAGAUUGGUUCGUCUCUUGAAAGUUCGAAGUUUGGUCUAUGCCAUGACUAGGUGUAUCACUGUGUCACCGAAUGGAAAAAAUGUUCUCCUGUAUUCACAAGGCUUAAAUAAAAAAAACCAUCAUAUUUCUACCAUCCAGCAUUGUUGAACCAUUAGAGCGCUUCAACAAUGUAGCUGAUACAGUUUCAACUCAGACUCAAGCUAAAUAUCUUUUCUGCUUUCUUUCUAUAACAGCUUCUGUUCAGAUGUUCCUUCGUUUUCUGCAAAAUGAGUACCAGUGGGGUUCCAACAGCGUGAAGGCAGUGUUAAACGAGCUGUCUAAGGCUGACGUCACAAGCGUCAGUCUGCUGGCCAUGUGUUGGAGUGACGUGCAGGCUCAUUUUCCUUUUGGAAUGAGGAGAAUGGUGGAGAAAGAACUAAAGAACAGAAACAUGAUCCCUUAGGAAGGCCAAGUUUUCAAGGCAUGGGAAACCAAAGUAGUUCCUUGCAAUUAUACGGCCGUCUUUUUAAACUUUAUUCAGAUUUUUAAGAGAGUGUGUCUCCGCAGUUAGCCAACAUUGUUUAAAUUUGCCAAUUACUCUCUCUCUAAUGAAACUUAAAGAGUAGAAAUAAGUUUUUACUGCGCUUUUCACAAACAUGUGAAUGCUGAAGUUCAAAAGCUACGGUGGCCCAGAAGGGUCACACAUGCAAAUUAAAAAUGUUGCUGGAAACUAAAAAGUUUACCUGCAAAUUAAAUAUGUUGCUGCACAUUAAAAAUAGUACAUGUAAAUUAAAAAUUGUACAUGCAAACUAAAAAUAUCAUCUGCAAAUUAAAUAUAGUACAUGCAAACUAAAAAUUGUGCUGCAAAUUAAAAAUAAAAAGUCCUGCGCGCGCAGUAUGAGUGAUGACGACCUGGUCCGAGUCGUGCGACCUGGCCUUACAGCAGUCGGCCCAUUCAUGUUUCAUGUUUGUAAUAUUUUUAGUUUGCGUGUACAAUUUUUAAUUUGCAUGUACUAUUUUUAAUUUGCAGCAACAUUUUUAAUUUGCAGGUAAAAUUUUUAGUUUGCAGCAACAUUUUUAAUUUGCAUGUGUUAGAGUUCCCAUUUUUGUGAAAAGCGCAGUAAAAUAACAAAAUCACAGCUUCAUGUUAGAAUUAAAUAUAUCGAAUGUGGGCUAUUGUUUGCAACUGUGCGUUUUUCCCGCGCUUGACAACCUUGACAUGAAUUUACCUGACGUCGAAAUGCGAUUGGUUCCUUCAAGUUUCAGGUGGCGUUGUGGUUGGUUAGAGUAUGAACUUUGGGUGCUUUCCAUUGGUCGUAUUCCGGAAUGAGAAUACUCAAGUUUUGCUACAAAUCUCUUCAAGCGUAAUUUUUGAACUCUUAAACGUUACUUACAUAUAAACAUCUUAUUUCAAGCAGAUAUUUAGAUAUUUCAUUUAAUGCAAUGAAUGCAGUGAUUUCUAGUUAAGAGUUUAUUCCAUUCAGUAUUCUGAUUCCGGAUUACUGUCCUAAAGUUUGCUUUUACGAUGUUCAGUGGAAGCCCACACUUUAUAUACAAAACAAAACGAAACAAAUAAACACAGGAACUGGAUGCAGGAUGCCUAUGAUCAGACUCUCCUAAACACAUCACUGUUUAGUUACAAUAAACAGGUCUUGAUUGAUUAGUGAAAAAAAACUUUAUGUCAGUGCCUUAAGAAAUGUCUGGAAAACUUUAUGAAGAAAACGCUUGCUGAUGUUAGGGUAAGAAGCGACGGCUAGGGAAACGUCUCUGGUUUUCCAAUAUUCCAGAUUCAGAAAGAGAAACACUAAAAAUUAAAAAGAUCUGUUUCAGCCCCAAAGUGUCAAUUCAGCCCUGCAGGCCAGAGUCUAAUUCAGCCCUUCCUGAAGCCAUUUGAGCACAAUUUAGGCCAAAAAAAAAUCAAUCAAAAGGCUAUUCCAGCCCACGGUAGGGCCCAUUUCAGCCCUGGGACCAAAUCAGCCCUAGCUAAUUGGACUGUAUUGGCCCUGAUUUAAGGGAGCCAAAUUAGACUCUGGUACCUAACAUACUUAUACUUUAGAACGUUGCAUCACUUUUUACCUAUGCACUCGUACCCUGAUCCCAGAGGUUUUUCUUGAAAUUUUUCUUCGCCAAAGAGAGAGCGAGCUGCGAAGCAGCGAGAAGGUAAAAUUUCGCGAAGAAAAAGUUCAAGAAAAACCUCUGGGACCAAGGUAAUGCACUGGUGGGUCAACGUGAUGCUAGUUAAUGAACUUUCAUUAUCAAUUUACUUACUACUUUACUACUUUUCUUUAAUGUGAGACGAAUAAAAUAAACAAUUUACUUUGACACGGACUCUACAAUGCCUUCACUCAUUUCUCGCGUUUCUGACGAACCCUAAACUUCUAUUGAUGUCGGGUUUGAGAGCGUCGCGUCUUUUACGCAUCAUACAACAUCAUAUAAAAUCGAAAAUAAAAAUAAAAACUCUCCCUCGUUAGGCAAGAGAUAUGACCUGGCCUUCUAGGCAUGCGUCGUGCGUUCUUUUCCCACGCGGCGCAACCUUUGGGAAAGUCCUGUUAGCGCAAGGACAGGCUGCCCAAACCCACGUGCUCAUCACGAGGAAAGGGUGUAAAGUAAUAGGUGACGCGUGACCUUUGUACUGGACGCGCCGGUGUCGCGUUUUGGGCAAACGUUGAAAAUAAGAGACGUGUGAGAAAUAAAAAUCUGAGAUCUACGAACGCUAAAUAACGUUAAAUCUAAUUUUUCUUCCAAUAAAAUAAAUAGAAAUGACUUACCUGCGAUGUAUUCCACUGUGUUUUGGUCCCGGGGGAGGUACUCCCUCCCUUUUUUACGCCCAGUUUCCUCGUAAUGUGAGGUUGGACCGCCCGUGGUAAAGCGCGUGGGAUUUUUCCCAGAAAAUUGAUAAGAUUAGUUUCCGGCCUUUUAAAGAAGAGCAAAUUCAUGGAAAACGCAAGGUCAUCGAAAAGGGGAAUUACCGUUCCUGAUGAUAAUUUAAAGCAGUUUUUUGUGUUGGAGCGGUAGACUGCAGCAGUUGGACUCGGGUGCAGUUAAAGAACGGGGGUAGGUAGAUGGAAGUAUUGAAUCUACCUGCUCGUAAUAUUUGUAUUUUUUGUCACAUACAUGCAUUUACUCGUUCCUUCUAGCGGAUAAACAUGCAUUGAGGCAUAUACACUUUCAGAAACAGAUAAUCGACGUCUAAAUCCAUUUCACCUUGUUUCUGUUCGUUACCAGUAGCAAAUGUGACGUUGAAUCACCUCGGAUGUACAUGCUAGCAAAUUUUCAUUUCUAUGAAAGCUAAAUUAUAUAUUUACUGAUACAAAUCCGCCCUCAAUUUCUUCCUUGAAUCACUCCAUCUUUAGUCUUUUCAUUUUCAGUUUCACUAUCUCGCUUAAGCUUGCUUCCGGCAAUAAGCUAGGGCAGCCGAAAUUCCAAAAACGAGAAUAAAGUAAUUUCAACCAUUCCCGGCUUACAAAAUAUUUUGAGACACUUUUAUUAUGCUUUGUAAGUUCCUUACAGUCAUUUUUUAGCGGAGCUCUGGCGCGCGAAGCGCGCCUGCGGAGCACCAUGGGUAAGUAAAUCUACCCAUCCCAGAAAAUUUGGUAAUCACGUGACCGUACACCGCCCUCAGCCCGCCCGUCCGUCCGCACCACAGGGCAACCAAUGUUCAAUCACACUUUCUAGUUUGGGAGCACAGGAAGACUGAUAUUGCAGACAUAUUGCACAUCAAUCUUGUGAUCAAUUGACAGCUGUCAAAACAGGGUAUCCGCUGACCAGUAUCACCUGAUCAUAUCGCGGGCUCAGGUGUCGACCCAUCGAGGUCGAGUAUCUUUUUAAAGUUAUCCGCUGACAAGUUACUAGUUUUCAAAUGAUUGCAGGCUCAAGUUUAAUUUUUCAAUUCAUAUGAAUUAUGUUGUGUUUUAUAUGUGCCGCACAAUUAAAAUUUUGAUUUCAAACUGACCUCGGAAGCUAAGAAUUAAGCCAGUUUUUAUAGGCAGGGAGGACAUGCUAGUUGCUUUUGACUUUUCUCACCAAGGUCACGCGUUGGUCACGCUCUACGUCCAAUUUUUAUACUCUGAUUGGUCAAAAUUUGACAGGUGAGUUCACGCGGAAAAUUUAUGCAGCAUCUUGAAACUUGUUUACUUUGACAGCUGAAGCUGACAGAGUUUUGUGUCAACUUUGUGAUGUUUUUAACUGUCUUUUUCCACUAAAUGUACAAAGUGAAAUUCAGCUGCUAUCAAGAGUCUUCUGUUAUUCAUGGCUAGUUUGUUUAUUGGGUUUUUGGUUGAGAAAUACGUCGCUUUGGCAAAGUCGGAAAUCCGAUUCGGAUGGCAUCGUUUUCGUUUUUCACCUUGCUUGAUGCGUAAGACGGUUGAAAAGUCUGAAGCGGUUCUGGCCUUACUUGAUAGUUUUCAGUGCAUCUCAAAAGGUAAGCCUGAGUAAUUAUUGUAUUUGUUUGUUUUUUAUAUCUAAUUUAAUGAAGUCGAGCGUAGUUUACGCGGCUAUUUGGUUUAUGCACGUUUGUAAGAUUUGAGACAAUGAUCUGACCGAGAGUGACCGAGUAUCAGGUUUGAUUAUCAGCUUAUGGAACUUUAAAAAGCCUUUAGACAUUUUCUCACCGCAAAUAGAAAGAAAACGUUCCAAAGAAUAUUUGGUUACAAUUCUGGCUGUAAAAGAAAGCUUUGAGCGAUUUUCUUGCCUCGAGUUCGUCUUUGAAAAAAGCAAACACCGGGAAGCCGGCUUAAAACGUAAACAAGGAUUUUCAGAGACACUUUACAUGUGUAAUACUUGUCUUCGUGAAUGAAAAUUGUUGUCUCUGUAUAUGUUUCACCGAAUUAUUUUCCCUUUCUUUAUUGAUUGUAAGUAGUCUCUUUUGCAAUUUUAAUCGCUGUGCCGUUUGUUUUCAGUCGCUCAUGAACAUCGCUUGCAAGAGUAGUCAAAAUGCCGCGCGUAUCAAACGCUUUUGAAGAUUACAGAUCUUUAUAAUAAAUUCUUUAUUGUGUUGAAGCGUAUAACUAUAUUAAUCUUAAUUUAAACAGUCGACUUGUCAAAAGUGAGAACUGGCUAGCCGUAUAGGUGAUUUUGGAAAUUUUUUUGACGAUUUCGCUAAAAGCCCACACGUGCUUUGAUCGUCCUGAAUAUUGAAUGAGUGCAAUUUGUAUUGCAAAAUUGUGAAACACUGCAUUCUGUCCGAGGUCUGUAUGAUGAAAACGGCGCAGGUGUUUUCCAGGCCUAAUCUACUGUGAUCAAGAGCCAUUAUGGCUCUUAAAUGUGAUCGAAGAUGAUUGCUAUUUUUUGGGUGUACAUAUAAAGGCUAUCAACUCGAUGUAAGAUGAAGUUCACUCUUAGCUUGGACUGUUUGCAAAUUAUUUUUCUCGAAAAUCACGUAGUCUUUCCCUCAAAAGUCACAUGAAUGUGCUCUUAAGUUAACUGAUGUGUGGAAUACAAGUUUAUUGUUUGAUUUGAAUUAUAAAUUCCAGUUAAUAGGAGCUUCGCUUUUAGGCCUGGCUAAAUCUAUAUAUUAGUCUACGCUUGGAUCACUUUCACUUUCGAAAUUCCGGGGAACACCUCUCCAAGGACGAAAAAUCUCAGCAGUCAGAGCUGAUUCAUUUUGAUGGAAAAAAAUAUGAAUUAAAAAGCUUUCGUUUUUUCCUUUAGGCCGCCCUCGAAAAGGGGGUGAACGAUAUGAUUAAAAUACAAAGCGCUGAUAGAGAAAGAAGAGAAAGAGAGAGAGAAAGAGAGCGGGAGAGAAAAAUUGUUGAACGGCUAGAACAGGAACGCAGGCAGAGGGCGCAUGAAGAAAGACAGCGCAUCGAAGAAGAGAGAAGAAAAGAAGAGGAGAGGAAAAGGGCAGAGUAUGAGCGGCAAAGGAACCUAGAGAAGGCACAAGAGGAAGAAAGGAGAAGAAAAGAGGAAGAGAAACGCAUGCGUUUGGAGAAGGAACUUUGUCUUCGACGACAUGAAAUGUUCAAUUACAAAUUUGGCAACAAAACCUGGCUGGGUAGUUUUUGGGGGUUUGGAAUAGAUGACGUAACCCAACUCAGGAUAGGCCUCUUCGGAGCAACUGGAUCCGGUAAAAGCUGUUUUAUCAACACGUGUGAACGCACUGUGAGACAAACAGAAAAGGGAUCGGCUCCUGACAGCAGCACUGGUCAAGAAGGGACAAUCACUCUUCAAGACUAUCUCCCAGAAUUGUUUUUCCGCUUGGUGGAUACUCGUGGUUUCUUCAACUACAGCGCUAACGAGAUCGUGGAAUUUCAAAACAUUUUGCACGCGAAGAUUCAGCCUGGAGAUAACGUGAUCCGUUUGCCAGAAGACGGAGCCAGCGCCGCAUCCGUGAACCAUCAUCCAUGUCCCCCUUUUGCUAACCGACUUCAUGGGAUAAUUAUUGUUGUCAUGGCGAAUGAUCCUAGGCUGACAGGAGGAAUUCUGGAGAAGUACGUAACUCCAGUAAGGGAAAUUUUGUUCAAAACUAGUAAACUGCCUCCUCCUGCUUUUACCAUUUACUCAACAGUUGUUUCUGAAUACCUUAUAUCAUUAUAUAUAAGUGCAUAAUGCUUUUUUCAGUUGUUAUCAGCUCAGGAACAGAACAUGCAUAAAGUCUGUUGUGAUCGAAUCAUUAAACAGUAUAUCAAAUCCUAUUGACAUGUGAUUCAGUCUAAACACAAGAAAUUUACAAGGCAGGAUAUUACACAAUGAGAGCUUGAUGAAAAAAGUCAAUUUUCAUUAGCCUGAAUUCGGCCCCUCGGAAAAUGGUUAAGUUUAACUUAAAGUUUAAGUAACUUCAGUUUUGCCUAUGAGAGUGUAACAGGCUUGAUACUUCAAACCUUACACGCAGAUCCAGUGACAACAUGAAAUGGCACAACUAUAGAAUAAAAUGUAAACCAAAAAUUAGUUGUAACUGGCUUUUUGGAAACUGCGCUUUGGUCCAGCCUGGCUUUCAGAUGGCAACAGGUCGUACGCUCAAGUCUGACUCAUGCAAUUCAUGGUAUGUUUCAGAAAACAAACUAAUACUUUUCUACUAUAAAGUAACUACUUCUUUUUCUAAAGAUAUUAGUAGGUGUUAAGGCUGCUUAAAGGAAAUUCUCGCUUCCAAACAUAUCUAACAUUAGCAUUCUUUUUACUUCCCACAUUAGUAAUCACCCCGAUCACCGUUGUGACGCACCAUGACAAACUGAAAUCACAAGAGGAGUGCGAAAACGCCCUCCCCCAAGCAUCAGCGGCUACCGGAAGUUCAUCGGAUCACACAUUCUUUGUACGCAACUACACAAAAGACAACAGUAAACGUAAUCCGGAGACAGAGUGCAUGAUAUUCGACAUUCUUCACUGCGCACUGCUGACGGCCGAGAAGGCAGUGAAGGUCAUGAAACAGAGAGAAAUGGAGGAAGACGAGAAGGCAUUGAAUUCUGUUGAAGGUAACAUAUAACUUUAAGACCCGAUACAGCCGAUAACCGAGGCAGUACUCCUAGGAAAUUCGGUUAGGGCUGCGCUAUUUUCAUCAGAAUUCCGAAGAAGUAACAAGUGAACAGGAACUCUGAUGUAGGUAACAAUCAAGGUCAGCUAUGGCUCCAAAACGUACCCACUUUAAAGAUUGACAAUCGAACUCAAUCAAAUGACAGUCAUGUUGAAAAUUUCACAACAAUAUCCACACGCUGUUUACAGGGCAUGACAGGGGCACCCAACGACAGUUUCCUUCUAAUGUAUUCAAAACACUUUUUAGGCUAUCCAGGGUAAAUUUAGAUCUCUAGAAAUGUAUUGUAAGCUGCGCCAUAAAAUUUGUAUCUGUUCGGUCACCCUUGGGGAACUUGAGUUUUAUCGAAAUUACAAGGGCUUGAGAUUAUUUCCAAAAAUUAUAGAUGAAAUUUGACGUAUUACGAAAUUGAGAAAAUUUAUGAUUCCUCUCUCCAUCGCGUGUUCUAAUCCGAGAAUUUUAGUUUUCCUUUCAUCAACAAAGAAUAUCCCAACUUGAGAAGUAAAAUGCGAAAAAUUCGUAGGGAACGGUGGUCUCGAAUUUUUUAGCCGUCCUGAACGAAUCCCAUUUGGUGUAUAGGCCUGUGAAUGUUUUUUUUCCCCCAGUAGAUGGAAGUCAUACCAGCAGUCAUGUUCGGCAGCCUUUACAAGGACGUCUAAAAACGGAAUCGAAUUGUCCUGUACAAAUUACGGUUUUUACUGCUAAUACCAUUUGUCAACCGAAUUUAACUAACGAAAAGAAGUUCGCUUAUUUAGAGAAAAUUAACUAUUUUUUUUAUUCACCCUUAUAUAUCAAUGUUUUGAGGUUAUGGGACAUUGAAUCUCACUAGACAAAACCAAAAACAAACAACAACAACAACAACACAAAUGCCUAAGACGUUUGGCGGGGUGAACCCUUGAGGGAUCAACUUCCUAUCUUAACUAAUCUCUCAAUACUUUCAGAAUCUGUCGAGGUCUUUCUUCGUAAUCUGGGAAAAGAACACAUGGAAAAUCAUUGGAGUGCCAGCAGCUCAAAAGAGGUUUUGAAUAAGCUGACUAAAGAUGACGUCACAAACGUCAGGCUGCUAGCCAUGUGUUGGAGUGAUGUGCAGGCGCACUUUUCUUUGGGAAUGAAGAAGACAGUGGAGAAGGAACUCAAAAGCAGAAACAUGAUAGAUUGA